AUGGGAGAAAAACAAGAUCACCACAUUCCAAAAGAGGAAGGACAUAUAUUCGUUCUAAAUAAACGUUUGCUGGUGUUCCGGUGGAGUGACCUGUUCCUCAUCCUCGGCUACUGCGCCCUGGCCGCCGUGGCGCUGUGGCUGUCCCUGAGCCGGAUGCUGCCGCAGGCCGAGAAACUGCGCCUAGCCUUCCACAACACCAGCAUCGCGGCCAGUCCCAGCGAGCUGCUCCUCGUCGAAGCGCCGGUCAUCCUCACCCCCAACGCGUACUGCAGAGACAUUGCCAAGAAUGUCCUCGGUAUGGGCGGAAAUGCCGUGGACGCGGCCAUCGCCCUCAGUCUCUGCAGCGUCGCCGCGAGUCCUCAGUCCUGGAGCCUUGGAGGCGGAAUCGUUAUUCUCUACUACAACAGGACCUCCAAGCAGGCGAACGUGAUCGACGCACUGACGGCUGCCCCUAAAGCGUUGUCCACCGAGAGAUUCCACCAGAUGCAGCUCCGCGGUCUCCGAGAUGCGGAAUCAGUCGGCGUUCCGGGAACUCCGAAGGGUUUGGAGUUGGCCAGCAAGAAGUUUGGCAAGCUUCCCUGGGUCCGUGUGGUCGAACCCGUUUCCGACUUGUGCUCGGAGGGAUUUAACGUCAGCGAUGCUUUAGCUCGUGUCUUGAAAGCGCAAGAGAAGAGUAUCGAACGCCGCCCCAGCCUACGAGACCUGUUUUUGGUCAACGAAACUGGAAAGCUGCUACAGGAAGGAGAUGUAUUCAGAAGACCCGUCCUGGCCGCGACGCUGAAACGGCUGGCGCAGUACGGAGCUGCAGACUUUUACAGCGGACUCUUAUCCAAGAACAUCCUCACAGACAUCCGAUCGAAAGGCAGUAUCUUGAAUACCGACGACAUGGGUUCCUACGAGGCCAUCGCAGAGGGCGCCAUCAAGGUGCCGGCCGGUGUGACCUCCUCGCUGCUGACGUCGCCCAGGCCGAGCGGCGGCCCUGCGCUGGCCAUGGCAGCCUCGUUGUUCAAGGGCCUGGUGCCGCUGAUGCGCACUCCGGACCUGGGUCUCCAGUACCACCUCCUGGUCGAAGUGUUCAAGCAGUCCCUCUCGCAUCGGAUGGACACCAGUCUGGCCUACUCGGACUCCCAGCUUCAAAACAUCACGAGGACCAUGUCGGGAGAAGAAGUUCGACCGUCGGUGCCCGGGACCGACGACGCUGCCUUCAGGGAUGCCGGGAUUCCUGACAGCGUGGCCGUCCUCGACCCUUCAGGGGACGCCGUGGUGGUGUUCAGCGACAUGCACGGCUUGUUUGGCUCGCAAGUCUACUCCAACACAACUGACGUGAUAUUCAACGCCGCCCUGAGGGAGUUCGCGGUGACGACAGCGGCGGGUUCAUUGGGGACUUCCAACGAAGUUCAGUACCUCCCGGGAACAAGGGCUCCGACCACAAUGGCUCCUGCCAUCGUCGUGGAGGACAGCGGAGACGUUCGGCAGUUCCUCACUGUUUGCGGCUCCGGAAACCAGACUCUAACCGCAGCGAUGCAGAUUCUCUGGAGGACUCUGCACACAAACCUGACCGUGAAAGAAGCCAUCGAUGCUCCGCGAUUGCAUCAUCCACUCGUCCCCGACGUUCUCUACGCCGAAAAGGAGUUUCCCGGGGUGAUUCUGCAGAAGCUUCACGUCAUGGGCUACAAGCUGGCAACGCUCAAAUUAAACACGACGGUGACCGGAGCGCUGCGCGACGUGCUGAGUGGCAAAUUUUGGGUCAACAUGGACCACAGAAUCGUUUUCUAAAACUACGUAGCUGAUACUUAAAUUCGCUGCUCAACAGACAUGCUUUGGAAGCAGGCGUGUGAAAGUGAUGAACUGUGCACAACGUCACAACGUGUGACGUUGUCGGAGGGAACGAAAGAAACUAGCGAUAAUGACAAAAAAAAUAGUAAAAAGAAAAUUAACGGGCCGACGACGCGGCCAUAGGGUAAAACCACCUGUAGUGGGGAAGCAGCUCCCACCUCUUUCUCCUUUAGUAGAGCGAACGCUAAAGAGGAGGCGACCUCCUCUUCGGCGUUCCCUUUGCUCAAGGGGAAAGAGGCGGGAGGAGCUUCCCCUGAAAUCUUAACCUGUCAUCGGCCAUAGAAUAAUCAAAGCCCUCGCGCUACCAUUUUGACGUCAUCAGAGUGGGAUCGAGCGCAGACAGAAAUUGCACACGAAUGCUGCGUCAGCUUUUCGGCUGGGUCUCGGUUCCAAUCACUGCGUCCAAAUAGGCAGCCGGUUUCGGCCCCAGGUGAUGAGUAGCUGCUGCAUGCGAGUGUGAUGACGUCACGUGGAGCUAGAGGAGGCUGUCCGCAGGCUUUGAUUACCCAAGGUGGUGUUGCGUAAGAACGCUGUAACGACGUUCGUGACGGGCAACGGACGGAUACGAACAAAGAAGUCCUUCGCUUGAGUGAAGCAGAGGAAACGGAAGUCGGCGUUUCGACCCGAUGGGUCGUCCUUUUUUUAUACAAUGUUAAUCGAAUUAAAGUUUAUGCGUAUUUAUAA